GUUCCUAGGCGGGAGCGCACCGAGCCGUCGAGCUAGUUCUACUUUUAUCCGCCUUUCGCAAAACCGUUCGUUUACGCAUUUUAGCAGCGCUGUUUUUAUUUAACCACAAGCUUCGAUGUACAUACCAUAUGUAACAGAUAGCUGUGUUUGUCGUAAAAUCCUUCGAGGACAUUCAAACGGAAGGCGCGAGCCGGUUUGACGGGUGUCAACAACGCGAGACGCUUUUAUUUCCACUUAUUCUCCUUCAGGUACUUACAAAAAGACACCGCUUCACUUUUAUACUCGCGUUUUGUUUAGUAAAGAUCAAGCAUGGCGCAAUUCCACGAGGAUCCGUCGCUGCUCACUAAAGAGAAGCUGAAGAGCGAGUUACUAGCCAAUAACGUGCCUCUGCCCAGCGCAGACAGCAAGAAAGACGUGUAUGUGCAGCUGUAUCUGAAGAGCCUGACGGUGCUCAACAAGAAGAACAUCUCUGCUCCCGCUCCAGACACUUUCUCCAGCGACGAGGAGAUGACAGCGCCGCUGCUGUCCAGCAGGAGCCGCUCGGGGAAGAAAGCAACUAGAAAGACAGACAGAGUUCGGCCAGAGGAGAACGACAUCUCUGGUUUGACUGAUGAAGAGUUGAAGGUUCAGCUUAUGAAGUAUGGAAUCCAUUCAGGACCAAUUGUUGCCUCUACACGUAAGGUGUAUGAGAAGAAGCUCCAGCAGCUCCAGGUGCAGCUGCCGGUGGAGAGCAGCCUGCCCGAACCCGAGACCACCAUCCCGGAGGCCCUCACCAUCAAAGCAGAUGGAAACCAGAACGGCAACACACAUUCAGCCGAAGAUCAGUACAGCGACAAAGAAGAAGAAGUUGAUCCUGUACCAGAGCCAGUUCCUGUUGUGACUAAGCCGGUCCGGAGCAGAGGAAAGACUCCAGUCACCACCAGGACCAGCAGCAGACAGCGCACUAAACAGCAGGUGGUGGAGGAGACGGCAACUGUCACUGAGGAAACGUCUGUGGAUGGAGGAGAUAUUUUAAAGGAAAUCUUCCCCAACGAACCUGCCACACCAACUGGAAUAACGGUCACAUGUCGGAGACCGAUCCAUGGUGCAGCUGGCCGUGCGGUGAAGCCACUGAGCCUCUGGUCCGAGGAGUCCCUCCAGCAGCAGAACACUUACACAGUGACCAAAUCCUCCGUCACAGACGUUCGCAGUGCAACGCCGGCCGCCCAUCUCAAACCCCGCCGCUGGUUGGCUUUCUGGUUGAAGCUUCUGGUGUUCAUCACACUGGCUGCGUCUCUGUAUUACGCCUUCCAAUACGUCACCGCCGAUCAGAUCAACGCCUGCCAGCUCUAUGUCCAGGACAAUGUCAUCACGCCCAUCGUCAAUUACAUCAGCUGGGAAAGCCCAGCCGAGGGUGGCGAUGGCAAAUGAGCGGCCC